AUGGCAUUGACCGCCCUCCCUUCUCCAACACCUGAGCAUACUGAGGGAUUGAGUCUUGCGCCCAUACCGACUCUCCGCCCCCUCAAGCGCAAGCGGACCCUUCCCACCACUCCUCCCGCUGCCAUCGAGGACCCUGAAAGCGCAAACACGCUCGAGCGCGCAGUCCACGUCCUCUCCACGGAAGCUACGGCCCUGUCACACGUUACAAGGCUCUACCAGACUAAUCCCGCAGCCAAGCAUGGCCUCCUUAGCGCCGUCGAGACAGUCGUAAACGUCAACGAGGCCGGCGGCAAGCUCGUCGUGUGCGGAGUCGGCAAGAGCGGACUCGUAGGCAUGAAGACGGUGGCCACGAUGAAGAGCCUGGGACUGGGGGCCUCGUUCAUGCACGCUGGGGAGGCGCUGCACGGGGACCUGGGGGACGUACGGCCGAAUGACGCCCUUCUCCUGAUAACCUUCUCCGGCCGCACAGCCGAGCUCCUCUCCCUGCUCCCUCACAUCCCGUCCACCACUCCCAUCCUCGUUCUCACAUCGCACACCACACCGGCGAUGUGUCCGCUCCUAGCCCUCCGCCCUGACGCAAUACUACUACCUGGACCGAUCCAUGAGUCCGAAGAAGAGUCUUUUGGCGUUGCGGCGCCUACAACAAGCACGACCGUCGCCAUGGCCAUCGGCGAUAUGCUGGCUCUUACCGCUGUGGACAGAAUCCAUGGCGAGAGGACGCGGAAGGUGUUCAAGAAGAAUCAUCCCGGUGGUGCUAUCGGUGCAAGGGCGAGAACGGCGGAUCCCGUGAUGCCUGCCGUCGUCGAUGAGGGAGUAGGAACGCCGGAGAGCGUGUAA